ACAUUCUGUAUCACCGCGUGCUUAUUUCGCUCUCUUGUAAUUAACGAAACUCGUUACGAGACGAUAAUUGACGGAUGCCGUUUCACGUGCUCAUCCUCGUGACAACGAAGCCGAUCUUGUGCAUUUGCUCGGCAAAAUAAUGUUUAUCUUUCACAAACAUUCGGUAAAGAAACUAAACCUAACCUUCUCCUCCUCCUCUUGUGUUGUGAUCUCUACAAAAAACAUGGGAAAAAAUUAGAUUUAAUUUAAUUUUGAAGAAGAUCGCAAAAUAACUUAAAAGUAGAAGAAGGAAAAUCAUCUAAACGUUAUAUAAACUUCUAAAGCAAUUUGAAGACGCUACCGAUCUAUCGCAUGAGAAGAACUCGAGAAAGAAACAUUGAUCUCUCCAGAUCUACGAUUGCAUCUCGAUGACAUUACGGAUCCUUCUUACAAUCGCACGCGACAUCUUUUACGGCACGAUGAUCGACCUGCGAGGACUAUGUCCGGAAAACUCGAAGCAAUUUUGGUAAGGAGCAUAUAAGCAGAAGGAACGCAGGAAGGAUGCCAAGCUGCACGGGUUUAAUCAGGUUGCUUAGACGACGUCUCGUUCUUGGACUGAUCUUCGCCCUAUCGCUAACGUAUUGUGCCUUUUCAUUGCUGCGAAAUGAAAAGAAAGGUUCAUCAAAUCUGGAUAGUGAUGUCGAUAUGGAUCUCAUGAUGAUUAAUGAUAACAAUGAAGACCUGAUAUCCGAGGACAAUACACUAGAAGAGCUAAGAGUAUCUGAUAAAUCUCCAUUGUGGCAGAUGGAAAUACUUGAUCGAGCAGCUAGUGACAACGCAGGAAACAUGGAUGCAUCCAAUUUAAAUGAAAGUGAUGCUUCUGCUCAGUCUUGUCGUAAUUCUAUUCAAGGAAAAGGUUUGAUAGUUGAUGACCGUGGGCUAGUAUGUUCGAGACAUGAAGUCUUAUCAAAUGGGUGCUGUAUGGUAGAACAAAGACAAACUCCAAAGAAUGAAGAAUCAUUAUCUAUGGCUAGAAGAGAAAGAUAUAGCUGCAAAACGUGCAAUCCUCAAGGAUGUUGUACUAUUUACGAGUAUUGCGUUUCCUGCUGCCUACACCCUGACAAGCAAAUAAGAGGGCGGAAGGAUGUGGUAUCUGCGAAAGUACAAAAGGAUCUAGGGAGAACGCCUAUUCGUAAUUCAGACCGCUUUCAGAUUUGUCUGGCCGUAUGCCGCACCUCAAGUUCCAGUGUGCGUCAUGAGAACACUUACAAAGAUCCUCUUGCAAAACACUGCUAUAUCUCGCAACGAUAUCGCCGCAAUAUUAAUUCAUUAAAUAAUAACGGCGACAAUCCCGCCGUUGUCGUUACUUCUUCUUCUGUGGUGACAUUACUUACCUAUCCCAUUCCCGGAUAUUACUUCUAUUUAUUUAAUCCUAUAACUUCCGCAUCUUGUACUAAUAUUAUCUAUUUAUUAUUUUAUCGUAAAAGAAUUUUUGGUUAUAACCUAUCUUGACAUAAUUAUAGUUAAUAGCUUAAAUCUUCGAACAUUUUUAUAAAGAGGAUUGAAUACCGCGCACGAGUAAGGACUUGAAGCGCCAUAUGUCCGGGUAUGUCACAUUUAUAUUGGGAUACUUUUUCUUCGCUAGCUCCAAAAUUUCAUUCCUGAUGGUGUCUUGAAGCGGGUCGUCCUAUUGCAAAAAUGAAUAUAUUUUAUUUGUUAUUUUUUUAGAUUUACGUUUACUUAUACUUGUAACAGACUAGUAAUUACUUGUUUACGUACAUCGAUAAUGUUACAAUCUGCUGCUGCGUAAUGGCAGGAAAUUGCUCGUCUCGUUCUUUUUGAUUUGUUAAUGCCAGAUCCAUGAAUAAGCAACGGAUGGAAAAAUACCGUGUCGCCGGGCUGCAUCUCGAGAUUCACCCAACGAUUAAACAUUGAAGGCAAUUCCUUUAUAUAAAAGUAAAAUGUUAAUUAAGAAUAGAUGUGCGAAAUUAACAUCCCUUUUUGGCUAAUUUUUACAAGGGAUGUUAAUUCCGCAUAUCGUAAGGAUUUUCAGUAAAAUAAAGAAAAAGAUAUCUUACGUG